AUGCCGGUGCCGAAACCUCCCCCCAGGCGACCAACACCCAACAAUGCGGUGGCUCCUAACCAGUCUCCGGCGAGGCCGGCGGCCGCCCCAGUCAUCCUGCAACAACCUUCUCACGGUAAGAAAGGCGGCCAAUGGAAACCGCAGAAGCUCUUCCGCCGGGUCAAGUCAGUUUUCAGGUCGUUCCCCGUCAUCAGCACUCCGUGCAAGAUGCCGGUUCCCGGCGGCCGCCUCCAAGACGGCAACCACAUUCACGGCGGCAAACAGAUGACGGGGACGCUGUUCGGUUUCCGGAAGGGUCGAAUCAACGUGAGCAUUCAAGAAACCCCGCGAAGCGUCCCGCAGCUAAUCCUGGAGAUGUCAAUCCACACGGAUAAGCUCCUCCAGGACAUGGGUUCCGGCCUGGUGAGAAUAGCACUGGAGUGUGAGAAGAACCCGUCGGAGAAGACGAAGCUCAUCGACGAGCCGAUCUGGACGAUGUACUGUAACGGCCGGAAAACGGGGUACGCCGUCAAGCGGGGAGCAACCGACGAUGAUUUGAAUGUAAUGCAGAAGCUUCACGCCGUGUCGAUGGGCGCCGGCGUGCUCCCUAGCGAAAACGUCGUCGACUCGCCGCCGGCGGAAGGGGAAUUAACUUACUUGAGAGCUUUCUUUGAGCGGGUAAUCGGGUCCAAAGAUUCCGAGACUUAUUACAUGAUGAGCCCGGAUGGGAACAGCGGACCUGAGCUUAGCAUCUUCUUCGUUAGGGUUUGA